AUGGCAUACGGAAUUUUGGCCAAUGGGCAGAAUCAACACCUCUGGUUAAUUAUCGAACAAGUCAAGUACCGAAAAAUUGAUUUUUCAGCCACUGGUGUUUUCAGGAUUGACUAUGGGAUGGUUUUUUCCAUCUAUGGGGCCGUUAUUUCGGCCGGCCUCAGAUUCUCCACUUUAAACUUCCAACUCUGGCGAUACGAAAAAACCCAGCAAACCGUUGCAAAAAUUUUCACAAAACUCGCCUCAAAACACCCCCAGAAAGUCGCUUUCUAUUUCGAAAACGAAAUUUGGACUUUUGAAGACGUGGACAAGUAUAGCAACAAAAUCGGCAACUUUUUCAAAAACCAAGGCUUCAAAAGGGGCGACGCGGUAGCCCUAGUGCUCGAAUCUCGACCUGAAUAUGUGACAAUUUGGCUCGGCUUGGCCAAAAUUGGGGUUGUUACGGCCCUGAUUAACAGUAAUCUCGUUGCCGAUCCGUUGGCACAUUCCAUCCAAGUGGCGGAUGCCAAGGCUGUGAUUUAUGGAUCUGAUUUUGCCAAAGCAAUCAGCGAUAUUUCGGGUAAAAUCCUCAAAAUUAGGCUUUAUCAAUUUGCGAAAAAUGGCGGCGAAUUGUUGCCAAACUCUGUCGAUUUGGCAAAAGAAGUGGAAAAGGAAGGAAAUGGACCAUUGACGUCCGAUAUUGCAAAAGGCCGACCCAGAGACAAACUUUUAUUUAUUUUUACUUCGGGUACUACAGGGUUGCCCAAAGCUGCAGUUAUACCUAAUACAAGGUUCAUAUUUAUGGCUUUGGGCAUCCGUUACAUGGCUGUUAUCAGCGAAAAUGACAUUAUUUACGACCCUUUGCCCUUAUAUCACAGUGCUGGGACCAUAGUCGGAGUAGGCCAAUGCAUCCUCAAAGGUACCACAGUUGUCAUAAGAAAAAAGUUCUCAGCAUCGUAUUUCUGGGUCGACUGUAUUAAAUACAGAUGCACGAAAGAAGGCUUCAAUUUGGACAAAAUCGAAGACAAGUUGUUUCUGUAUGAUGCCAAAAAUGUUGACUAUGUUGAAUUGACUAAAGAGAAAUACCAUGACAUUAUGACAGGGAAAAUUAGACUGUAA